UAGGUGGUGGUAUCAGAUGAGACUCCAGGACCAUCAAACCAGCUUUGUAUCUGUGAUACCAAGCUCCUGCAGGAAAGAGCUCUGCCAUCUCCUCAUUGUCCUGCCUUUGCCGAAGAUGGAAGCCAAGGAAGCCUGCCAGGAGCAAAAAUCAUACUGAUGAGCCAGCCUCAAGAGGCAGUGACAUUUGAGGAUGUAGCUGUGAACUUCAGUAAUGAGGAGUGGCAGUGUCUGACCCAUGCUCAAAGGCACCUCUAUAAAGAUGUGAUGUUGGAAAAUUAUGGGAACAUGGUAUCACUUGGAUUUCCAUUUCCUAAACCUCCUUUGAUCUCCCAUCUGGAGCAAGAGGCAGAGCUCUGUGUUCAGGAUGGACAGGACAGAGAGUUCCUGAGCUGCUCCCACCCAGUAUCAGCUGCCAAGACACAGCCUGAGAAUGAGAAGGCAGGUUCAGAACAGGCGGUUUUUGAAAAUGGAGAAGUCUGCUGGGUGAAAUUUAAAAGUCUCCUAAAAGUUGUUUCCCAGGAUACAGCGGUUGGAGAAGUUUGUGUACAAGAUGUCAAAUUAGAGAAUCAAUGGGAAAUGCCUAUGAGGGAGAAACUGAGAGAAGAGAAGGAAUGCUGUGAGAAAGUGACCUUCAAGAAAGGAAAGAACCAGAAGGUACUUAGAAAAAACUCAAAAUGUAUUCCAUAUAGAGUUCUUACAGAAAAGAAACUCCAUGAAUGUGCCAGGUGUGGCAAAAACUUCAGCUGGCAUUCUGACCUAAUUCUCCAUGAGCGAAUUCACUCUUGCGAAAAACCCUAUGUGUGUAAUGAGUGUGGGAAAGCAUUCAAGACCAAAAAUCAGCUUUCUUUGCACCAGAUAAUCCACACAGGGGAGAAACCCUUUAACUGUAGCCAGUGUGGGAAGGCCUUCAACAGUAGAUCAGCUCUUUGCCGACAUAAAAAAACGCACAGUGGGGAGAAGCCUCACCAGUGCAGCGACUGUGGGAAGGCCUUCAAGACCAGGAACUGUCUCAGGAUGCAUCAGAUCAUCCACACUGGGGAGAAGCCUUAUGAGUGCAGUGGCUGUGGGAAGGCCUUUCAGUUUAAGCAUUCCCUUAUCAUCCAUGGCAGAAGCCACACUGGGGAGAAACCCUAUGAGUGUGAGGAGUGUGGGAAGGCCUUCAGCGGGAGUUCAGACCUCAUCAAACACACAAGAAUCCACACUGGGGAGCGACCUUAUGAGUGCAGUGAGUGUGGGAGGGCCUUCAGCCGGAGCUCAGACCUAAGCAAACACACAAGAAUCCACACUCAGGAGAAACACUGUGGGUGCCCUCAGUGUGGAAAAGCCUUCAGCAGCAAGGCAGAGCUCACCAAACAUAGAAGAAUCCACACUGAAGAGAAGCCUUACAAGUGUAAGGAGUGUGGGAAAGCCUUUCGUCAUAACUGUAAACGCAGGGCUCAUGAACGAGAACACACUGGGGAGAAGCCCUAUCGAUGUGGGGAUUGUGGGAAAACUUUCCAGGAUCGGCACUGCCUUACCAUCCAUCAAAGAAUCCACACUGGAGAGAAACCGUAUAAAUGUUCAGAGUGUGGUAGAGCUUUCAGUGGGAAAUCAAACUUGACCAAUCAUCAAAGAAUCCACACCGGAGAGAAGCCUUACAGAUGUGAGGUGUGUGGAAAGGCCUUUCAUCAUAGUUCAGUCCUGAGGCAGCACAGAAGAAUCCACACUGGUGAGAAGCCAUAUACCUGCAGUGAGUGUGGCACGUCUUUCCGUCAGAGCUCAGCUCUGAUUGGACACAAGCGAGUUCAUACUGGGGAGAAACCUUAUGAAUGUGAGGAGUGUGGAAAAGCUUUCAGAGUGAGCUCAAAUCUUACUGGACAUAAGAAAAGAAAACAUAGAGUGUGGGGAACCCACAAACUUGAUGAGAAUGGGAAAUCCCUCUCUCCAGUAACUGGUUCUCAGACCUUUUCAUUCAUCAAUAUUUUGACCAUCAACACUUGAGGGUAGUGAUUCUGGUGUUUACACUUUCUCAUUUCUCCUUCUACUUCUUACACUGGUCCCUCUUGUCUCCUGUAUUGGUUCUUCCUGGUUCCCUGACCCCCUAAUUGUGAGACCCCACCAAGCCUUUG